UUGGGGCUGGGGCCGGGGAUGCUGCAGCUGGGUCGAGCUGCCGGGCUUGGGCCGUGGACGAGGGAUGGCGAACGUGAGAGUGGCUGUGAGGGUCCGGCCUCUUAGCAAGAGGGAGACCAAAGAAGGGGGAAGAAUUAUUGUGGAAGUUGAUGGCAAAGUGGCAAAAAUCAGGAAUUUAAAGGUGGAUGGUCGACCAGAUGGCUUUGGCGACUCCCGGGAGAAGGUUGUGGCCUUCGGCUUUGAUUACUGCUACUGGUCGGUCAACCCAGAGGACCCCGAGUAUGCAUCUCAGGAUGUGGUAACUACUGUCUACAGUAGUAUCCUUCCAGACAUUCUCUAAACAUAAG